UUUCAACCUCUUUUUUUUGCAGGUGAGGCAGACCUAUUUAUAUAAAACUGCAUGCCCUUGCUUCAUCAACGUGGUCUGCAUUGGACAACGAAAGAUCGAAUUCGAUAUGAUUGCAUAUCUGGCACUUUCUCUGUUGGUGGCUCUAGCCACAGCCCAGCACGACGCCCCAUGUGAGUGUGCAGUGUUUAUAAACAUCAACGGAACUGAUGUUCUCCUCACUGACCUUCCCACCGAGUAUGUCAACUUCUGCGACCAGCACGAACCCUGCCAGAGCCACUGUGCGAGCGAGUUCGACGACCUCACCUUCGGAGGAGACCUUUCCUUCGAGACGGACGACGGACCCGUGGGGCAGAUCCUCUGCAGCUUGCUGGGACUCCCCGUCGAGGACGAAUUCGUCUCCGUCUACUCCAACCUUUGCAACACCACCUGGGAGGACUCUGGGGACACGACCCUCCAACCUCUGUGUUGCGACGACAGCUCCAACUACUACGAGUGCCCCGUCCCGACGACCGACAUGACGACCGACAUGUCGACGACGGACUUGUCGACGCCGGCCCCCGUGCCGUCGACCGCCACGCCGACGACCCCCGAGCCGUCGACGACCGCUGCGUCGACGACCCCCGAGCCGUCGACGACCACCAUGCCGACGAGCCCCGUGAUGACGAGCGAGGAGCCCGUCACUUUCUAAGCCUGUGUUGUUGCUUACAAUUUUAAUAAUGAUUAUAAUGACUUCA